AUGAGUUCCAUGAUGAAUGCAUCAUCAGGUUUCGGUAUGCGGCUCAUCCACACUAACGAGCUCAACCCCAAAUCCGAAAAGAUCCUCAACACCAUACUGACCAAAACGGAGAAGAAGUUUGCUCUUGGUUCAGAGUGGCUCUCUCCCGCUGUCAGGCCUUCUUCCUGUGGGCUCACAAACCAACUCAUACAUAGCUCCAUCAUCCAGAAUGAGGUCCUCUUCUGCUCAGAAGGCCUCACUGUACUAUCACUUGACAGACUGUAUAGCCUCAAAAGUGCUCUUUCUAGCUACUCCAAAACGAAAUCCCCGCUCCGCCUUGAAGACGCCGUCGACGAACUAAGGCGCAUCAUCUUGGCAACCAACGGCACCAAGGUUUCCAAGACCGCCAUCCUUCGAUCAUACGACUGGCUGAGCGUGUCAAACUCCGCCUUGGUCGAUCUAGAUCGCAUGUAUCGACGAGCAUAUGGUGGACCCGAGCAGCACGGUGGAAUUGCAGGCCUCACAAGUUUCGCCGAACCGGCCAUCAAGCCUAUCAGCGACUCCCAGGAACGCCAUAUAGAAGAGGAGGCAAGCGAGCCCACGAUAAACAUCAUAGCAGACAAAGGCAAAACGCCAUCGCCGAAGCCCUUGCUCAAGCUGCAGACAAAUUUCACUCCAGGGCCCCUUCUCAGACCAAAACCUAAGAAAAUAGAGGCUCCAGCCCAGGUGCCCAUUCAGGUCGACACUGUGGAAGAGGAAGAUGGCGAUCGUACAGCACGGCCGACGGAUCAGUUAUACUUCACCAUGCAGCAGUGGGAGCCGCCUUCAACGAUUGACCAAAUCCUGACUGCAGGGCCGGUCAAUCGGAGUGCCUUCAGCCCUCUCACGCCGACACCUAUUAUGAGCCCAGGAUCACCAGGAUUUGGGCCUAUGACGCCACACGACUAUGACGAUAUAUCCCCUACAACACGAGGAGAAUGGGGUUUCAUGUUGGCAGAUAAUGCCUUCCAAAGCGGUCGCAAAGUCGGAGUUGAGACUUUUUGA